AUGCACCGGUUUUGCGACAGGUGUAACACCGUACUAUCGGCCGUAGGCGCACCCUUCGCCCUUAUCGGACAACGCAUUGGGCAGGAGUCUCCCUGGGUUGUUAUUAUUUUUGCUUCGUCCCGCAUUUCUGUCCUUCCAUUAUUGCUUUACCCGGUACUCAAGCCGUACCUCAUGAAUGACAUCCGCUGGCAGAAGGAGGGGGAGCAUGUGCGAUUGUGCCUGCAGAAGGGCGUUGACCCAUACCCGUACCUGCACCACAAGGACUACGUGUUUGGCAACGUGGUUCCCGCGACCCAGUCCGAGGAGGAGGUACCUGUUGAGGUGGCGUGGGAACACCGGGCGGUAGAGGAGUUCCAGAAGGCAAAGGAAAAACUUGGGAAGUGGGGGGUAACAUGA